CUCUCCGGCCUUGCCGCAGCCCCCUCCUCCCCACCCCGUGCCCCGCUCCUCCCGCCACUGCCAGCUCUAAGAUGCCCCGCUAUGAACUGGCUUUGAUCCUGAAAGCCAUGCAGAGGCCUGAGACAGCUGCCGUGCUCAAACGCACCGUUGAGGCUCUGAUGGAGAGAGGAGCCAUCGUGAGGAACCUGGAGAACCUGGGGGAAAGGUCUCUGCCUUACAAAAUCUCCAAGCACAAGGAGCGCCACAAGAGAGGCGGGUAUUUUCUGAUAGACUUGGAGGCCCCGCCUUCCAUCGUGUCCCCCAUGAUGGAUCAUUUGGGACGGGACAUUGAUGUCAUCAGAAGGGCUUUCAUCAAACACCCCGUGGCCAAGGCAGAAGAAUGCAGUGGCAUCAUCCCAGUGAGCCCUGAAGAGAAACUCACUGCCAGGAAAAACUGAAAAUCCCAAAUGUUUGAAACCUUUUUUAACCCGUUUUUUUAAUCACUGCUGCAGAAAAGAAUUGUGGCAACUCCUGUCCAUCCAAAAAUCUCACUGUGGGAUGUGUGUGGUCUAUGCCAGAAUCUUCAUUAUUGUAACAAUUGAGGUUUCUUUUUGUUUAAAAUGAUGGGAAUCGUUUUAAUCCGGGUGCUUAUCUUGCUAUUUGACAACUUUGCAAAUUGAUUUGCUUUUCUCUCGGAGCAUUACAUUGAUAAUGAAGAUCUCUCCAGCAGCAGGAUGCUAUAAAUAGCAUUUUUUCCAGAGAUUACUCCGGAAUAUGGAUAUUUACAUAAGAGAUUAAGAAGUCUGCAGUGUAAAUAUAGAAAUCUAGGAUGGGAUUUGGUGGGGCUUUGUUUUUGGGGGGGGGAAAAAAGGCAAUAAAAGUGUGGUUAAAAAUAAAAACUGACCUUUUUAAUUUU